AUGGCUCAAAUGAAAAUACAUCAAAGAAAGGCAUACAAGGGAAUCAAAUGGCAAGUAAUAUUUUCUUAUGUCAUAUUAUCCUACCUGUGUCAUUCAGUGUCUAGUCAGCUACAGUUUUCUAUUCUUGAAGAAAGUAGAAAAGGAUAUAUAGUAGGGAAUAUUGCAAAUGAUCUAGGAUUAGAUAUUAAAGAUCUGCCAUUUAGAAAUCUAAGAAUUGUAUCACGCAUUUUUGAUAAAUACUUUACUGUGAAUUUAGAUAAUGGAAACUUGUAUGUUAAAGAAAGGAUAGACAGAGAAAUAUUGUGUGGAGCAGCAGCUACUUGUAUGCUAAUAUUUGAUGCAGUAGUUGAGAAUCCCUUAAAUGUUUUUCAUGCUAAAGUGGAAAUUGAAGAUAUAAAUGAUAAUGCUCCAAGAUUUGUUAACAAAAUAAAUGAAGUGAAAAUUAUUGAAUCUGCUGCACCAGGAUCAAGGUUUAUUUUACAAAAUGCACAAGAUUCAGAUGUGGGCGGUAACUCAUUUAUAAACUAUAAGCUUAGUGAUAACCAAUACUUUUUACUUGAGAUAGAAACCAGCUCUGAUGGAAGUAAAACACCAGAACUUGUCUUAGAAACACCUUUGGACCGUGAAAAACAAAAUAUAUAUGAAUUAGUUUUAACAGCUUAUGAUGGAGGCAAUCCUGUUCAAACUGGGACUACCAUUAUCAAAAUUAUAAUUUCAGAUGUUAAUGAUAAUGUUCCUAUAUUUAGUCAAGAUAUGUAUAAAGUAAGCAUAAAAGAAAAUAUACCUAUUUCUUCAAUAAUACUUCAAGUAAAUGCAACUGACAAGGAUGAAGGUUCCAAUGCUGAUAUAUCAUAUUCAUUCAGAAGCAUUUCAGAAUAUGCUGCUUUAAAAUUUAGGAUUGAUGUGAAAACUGGAGAAAUUCAAACUAAGGGAAACAUUGAUUUUGAAGAAGCAACAAAUUACGAAAUAUCUGUGCAAGGAAAGGAUGGAGGUGGCCUAGUCUCUCAAACAAAAGUUUUAAUACAAGUUAUAGAUGAAAAUGACAAUGCUCCUGAUAUAUCAGUCACAUCUAUUUUUACUCCAGUUCCUGAAAAUUCAUCACUUGGCACUGUUGUAGCACUUAUAGAAAUUCAUGACAAAGAUUCUGGAAUAAAUGGUGAGGUUGAUUGUCAAAUUAACAUCCAAGUGCCAUUUAAAUUGAUAUCUUCAUCUGGUAACUAUUAUAAAAUUAUUACAACAGGCAACUUGGAUAGGGAAAAAAAUCCAUGCUAUAAUGUUACAAUUCUGGUGACUGACAAAGGAAUUCCAUCAUUGUAUACUAAAAAAAUAAUUACCUUGGAAAUAUCUGAUAUAAAUGACAAUCCUCCAUUAUUUGAAAAUAAUUAUUUUGUUGUCUACAUCCCAGAAAACAACAUUCCAGGAACCUCUUUCUAUAGCAUACAUGCCUCUGAUAUGGACAGUGAAGAAAAUGCAAAGCUUGUGUAUUCCAUUUUAAAUUCAAACAAAGAGGAUAUCUCUGUAUCUUCUUACCUAUCUAUAAACCCAGUAACGGGAGUUGUAUAUUCUCAGCGGUCAUUUGAUUAUGAGAAACUGAAAGAAUUUUCUAUCCAAAUAAUGGCCAGGGACAGUGGAUUCCCAUCUCUAAGCAGCAAUGCAACACUUAAAAUAUAUAUUGUAGAUCAGAAUGACAAUGCACCAGAAAUCCUCUACCCAACAUUAGCAAGUGAAACUGGUCCGGCUUUGAUAGAGAUGGUUCCUCUUUCUUCUCCAGAAGACUCUUUAAUAACUAAAGUGGUAGCAGUGGAUGCUGAUUCUGGACACAAUUCAUGGCUUUCAUAUUACUUCUUACAAACCUCAGAAACAUCCCCUUUCACUAUUGAUCAUCGUACAGGUGAAAUCCGGACAACGCGUACCUUUCAUGAGAAAGAUUCAUUGAUGCAAAAAGUUGUGAUUAUGGUAAAGGACAAUGGAAAUCCUUAUCUCUCAGCUACAGUUUCCCUAAAUAUAGUUGUUGCAGAUAAUUUUCAGAAAUUUAUUCCAGAACUUAUUGAUCAAGUAAAAAAUAUUCAGCCUCAAUCUGAUUUGCAAACUUAUUUAAUAAUAGCCCUAGCAUUAAUUUCAAUUUUGUUCAUAUUAACAGUGUUUAUAGUCAUUAUUUCAAAAUCCCGAGAUUCACGUUCUUCAGCAAGUUUUGGAUCUUUUAGCACAAAUCUGUACUCUCAAGUUGAUCCCAGAUUUGUCUCACAAUUUACCAAUGGAACUUUACCUCUUCCCUACCCGUAUAAUUUUUGUGUAGCAUUAGAUUCAAGUGAAAGUGACUUUACAUUAACACAGCCAGUUCAAACAGUCCCAACUGUGAAUCUUAUUGAUGCUGAUGAUGUAGGAACUGGAAAUGAAAGUGUCAAAGAGGAAUUUUCUACUUGUAAUCUUCGGCAGAUAAUGGAAACUUCCUUGUAUGUCAAAGAAAGGAUAGACAGAGAAAUAUUGUGUGGAGCAGCAGCUACUUGUAUGCUAAUAUUUGAUGCAAAAGUUGAGAAUCCCUUAAAUGUUUUUCAUGCUAAAGUGGAAAUUGAAGAUAUAAAUGAUAAUGUUCCAAGAUUUAUAGAAACCAGCUAUGAUGGAAGUAAAACACCAGUACUUGUCUUUAGCAUUGAAGCGAAAACUGGAGAAAUUCAAACUAAGGGAAACAUUGCUUUUGAAGAAGCAACAAAUUAUGAAAUAUCUGUCCAAGUUCCUGAAAAAUCAUUACUUGGUACUGUUGCAGCACUUAUAGAAGUUCAUGAUAAAGAUUCUGGAAUAAAUGACAAUUUCCUUACUGCCCUAUCCUUCCUAUAUGAAGACCCUCAUAGACAACAAACUGCAGAAAAUAUACUCAGAAAUCUAAAACAAAACAAAAAGGCAGUAGAGGAUUACAUUUCAGAGUUUAACAUUUGGCAAAUGGACUCAGGUUGGAACCAAGUGUCCCUAAAAAGCCAAUUCAGGCUGGGUUUAUCAGAAGCCAUUAAAGAUGAGUUUGCCAGACUUGACCUGCCAGAUGAUUUAGAGGCUUUAAUGCAGUUAAGUAUAAAAAUAGACCACAGAAUCAGAGAGAGAAAACAGGAGAAGUUUUCCCAUGAUGCCAACACCAGAUACCCGGAACCUAAAGCAUCUCCACUAAACACAAAGGGCAAUGACAAACCCAUGGAUAUAGGGGCUAUCAGAGGACUGUUGACCUCUGAAGAGAAAACAAACUGCCAAACGGAGAGGACUAAUCAGUGGUUGGAAGAAUACCUCAGAUGUUUCAAUUCCCAAAAUCAAGACAACUGGACUUCCCUUCUACCCCUAGCAGAAUUUGCACAUAACAAUACGUAUCAUUCUUCAAUCAAAACCACACCAUUCUUUGCAAAUUAUGGGUACCACCCAGUCUUUCAUGUAAAUCCACAACAAGAAAGUCACUGUCCAGUUGUCAAUGACACAACUAAUAGUAUUGCUGAAACUUUCUCCAUUUUGGCCGAUAACAUCAAAAGUGCCCAGGACAGACAGAAAGUAUAUUACAACCUGAGGAGGAGACCAGCACCGAACUAUAUGAUUGGAGACCUAGUCUGGUUGUCAACGAAAAAUGUAUGUCUCACCACACCAUCUAGAAAGCUAAAUAAAUUUUUCAUCAGUCCAUUUCCGAUAAAAACCGUUAUCAACUCUAAUGCAGUAACUUUGGAUCUUCCAGAUACGUAUAGAAUUCAUCCCACAUUCCAUGUGAACCUACUAAAACCAUAUAAAGAACUAAGGGCGGCGUCACCUAAUUCUACUCUCCAGGUUCCUAUCUCUCCCGUCAGUGAAUUUGAAGUGGAGAAAAUUUUGGACUCAAACAGAAUUUCUGGCCGCUUGCAGUAUCUUGUACACUGGAAGGGGUACCCAUCUGAGGAUGACUCUUGGGAACCUUCCGUUAAUUUGUCAGCCCCUCGCCUAGUUUCUCUCUUCCACUGA